UAUAUAUAUUCCUCAUAUGACACCGCCGUUUCAUCCAUAUAGUUCUCGCGAUCUCUGAGCGAGAGCGAGAGAGAGCCUAGUUCUCAAACAGUACGAUAGAUUUAUCCACUUCUCUUCAAAAACCACUUUAAAAAAUCCGUUAAAUUUGAAAAAUAUAGUAAAUUUCACAACUGUUUACUCUGAUUGCAAUCAAAAUCCAAGUUUAGUUGAAUAGUUUGGAACCCUAAUUUUUGGAAUCCUCAUCGAUCGACGGUGCGUUUUCAUGAAUAGUUUUGAAACCCUAAUUAUUGAAAUCUUUACCAUCGAUCUGUGGUAGCCAUGGAUAUGCGAUUUCCAUUCUCUCCCGCGGAGGUAGCCAAAGUCCGCAUGGUCCAGUUCGGCAUACUUAGCCCAGAUGAGAUCAGGCAAAUGUCUGUGGUGCAGAUCGAGCACAGUGAGACAACGGAGCGAGGCAAGCCGAAACCGGGGGGACUCAGUGACCCUCGAUUGGGUACAAUUGACCGGAAGAUGAAGUGUGAGACCUGCAUGGCCAACAUGGCUGAGUGUCCGGGGCAUUUCGGGCAUCUCGAGCUCGCCAAACCCAUGUUCCAUAUAGGGUUUUUGAAAACAGUACUAAGUACUAUGCGGUGUGUUUGCUUCAAUUGCUCCAAAAUCCUUGCUGAUGAGGAGGAUCACAAAUUUAAGCAAGCUCAGAAAAUCAGAAAUCCGAAAAAUAGGCUUAAAAAGAUUUUGGAUGCCUGCAAGAGCAAAACCAAAUGUGAAGGUGGUGAUGAAAUUGAUGGCCAAGGUCAAGAUGCUGAUGAACCAGUUAAAAAGAGUAGAGGGGGUUGCGGUGCACAGCAGCCAAAGCUCAGUAUUGAAGGUAUGAAAAUUAUUGCUGAAUACAAGAUUCAGAAGAAGAAAAGCGAUGACCCAGAGCAGCUUCCUGAACCUGUUGAAAGGAAACAACAGCUCUCAGCCGAAAGGGUUCUAAAUGUCCUGAAGCGGAUAAGUGAUGAAGACUGCUUUUUGUUGGGCUUGAAUCCUAAGUAUGCUCGUCCAGAUUGGAUGAUACUGCAAGUCCUUCCAAUACCUCCCCCUCCAGUUAGACCUUCUGUGAUGAUGGAUACUUCUGCACGGAGCGAGGAUGAUUUAACUCAUCAAUUGGCCAUGAUCAUUAGACAUAAUGAGAAUCUGAGGAGGCAGGAGAGAAAUGGGGCUCCAGCACACAUAAUUUCUGAAUUUGCGCAGUUAUUGCAAUUCCAUGUUGCUACAUAUUUUGACAAUGAACUUCCGGGACAGCCAAGGGCUACACAGCGGUCAGGCCGUCCUAUCAAGUCAAUAUGCAGUAGGCUCAAGGCUAAGGAGGGUAGGAUUAGAGGCAACUUGAUGGGUAAACGAGUUGAUUUUUCAGCACGGACUGUCAUUACACCAGAUCCCACCAUCAACAUUGAUCAACUGGGAGUACCAUGGAGUAUUGCUUUAAACUUAACAUAUCCAGAAACUGUCACUCCUUAUAACAUUGAAAGGCUAAAGGAACUUGUUGAAUAUGGCCCUCAUCCUCCCCCAGGCAAAACAGGAGCCAAGUACAUUAUUAGGGAAGAUGGUCAGAGGCUUGAUCUCCGUUAUUUAAAGAAAAGCAGUGAUCACCAUUUGGAGCUUGGAUACAAGGUGGAGCGGCACUUAAAUGAUGGAGAUUUUGUUCUCUUUAAUAGACAACCGAGUCUGCAUAAGAUGUCCAUCAUGGGACAUAGAAUCAAGAUUAUGCCAUACUCCACAUUCCGUUUGAAUUUAUCUGUUACUUCCCCAUAUAAUGCAGAUUUCGAUGGAGAUGAAAUGAACAUGCAUGUGCCUCAGUCAUUUGAAACCAGGGCAGAGGUUUUGGAGCUGAUGAUGGUACCUAAAUGUGUUGUGUCACCUCAAUCAAAUCGACCAGUUAUGGGUAUUGUGCAGGACACACUUUUGGGUUGCCGUAAGAUCACUAAGAGAGAUACAUUUAUCGAGAAGGAUGUUUUCAUGAACAUCCUGAUGUGGUGGGAGGAUUUUGAUGGGAAAAUACCGGCGCCGGCUAUUUUGAAGCCUAGACCUCUUUGGACAGGAAAACAAGUGUUUAAUCUUAUCAUUCCAAAGCAGAUAAAUCUCAUGAGGACGUCAGCCUGGCAUUCAGAAUCCGAAAAAGGCCAUAUAACCCCAGGAGACACUCAAGUUAGAAUAGAAAAAGGGGAAGUCAUUUCUGGUACUCUUUGCAAAAAAACCCUUGGGACAUCCACUGGAAGUCUUAUUCAUGUCAUCUGGGAGGAGGUUGGUCCAGAUGCUGCUCGCAAGUUCCUGGGACAUACCCAGUGGCUUGUUAACUAUUGGCUUCUACAAAAUGGAUUUAGUAUCGGUAUUGGAGACACUAUUGCAGAUGCAUCAACUAUGGAAAAAAUUAAUGAAACUAUUUCUAAAGCCAAGAAUGAGGUCAAAGAACUUAUUAGGGCGGCCCAAGAUAGGCAGCUGGAGGCUGAGCCUGGUCGGACUAUGAUGGAAUCUUUUGAAAACAGAGUGAACCAGGUAUUGAACAAGGCUCGUGAUGAUGCUGGCAGUAGUGCCCAAAAGAGCUUGUCAGAGAGUAACAAUCUCAAGGCUAUGGUUACUGCUGGCUCGAAGGGAAGUUUCAUCAACAUUUCCCAAAUGACAGCUUGCGUCGGGCAGCAGAAUGUUGAGGGGAAGCGAAUUCCAUAUGGCUUCAUAGAUCGGACACUGCCCCAUUUCACCAAGGAUGACUAUGGACCUGAAAGUCGUGGGUUUGUGGAGAACUCUUAUCUACGAGGGUUGACUCCUCAAGAGUUCUUUUUCCAUGCUAUGGGUGGUAGGGAAGGUUUGAUUGAUACAGCAGUGAAAACUUCUGAGACUGGAUAUAUCCAGAGGCGUCUAGUGAAAGCUAUGGAGGAUAUUAUGGUCAAAUAUGAUGGUACUGUUAGGAACUCAUUGGGGGAUGUUAUCCAGUUUUUAUAUGGUGAAGAUGGCAUGGAUGCUGUUUGGAUCGAAUCACAAAAGCUGGACUCCCUUAAAAUGAAGAAGUUCGAGUUUAAUAAGGUUUUUAGAUAUGAGAUUGAUGAUGAGAACUGGAAUCCAAGUUACAUGUUGCCCGAACAUGUGGAGGAUCUGAAAACAAUUCGAGAAUUUCGCAAUGUGUUUGAUGCUGAAGUCCAGAAACUUGAAGCAGAUCGAUUUCAGCUUGGAACAGAGAUUGCUACAACUGGUGAUAAUUCUUGGCCUAUGCCUGUGAACUUGAAGAGGCUUAUUUGGAAUGCGCAAAAGACGUUUAAGGUUGACUUGAGAAGACCAUCUGAUAUGCAUCCAAUGGAAAUUGUGGAAGCUGUUGAUAAGCUUCAGGAGAGGCUGAAGGUUGUCCCUGGUGACGAUUUGAUGAGCAUGGAAGCUCAGAAAAAUGCCACCCUUUUCUUCAACAUACUUCUCCGAAGCACAUUUGCCAGUAAGAGAGUGUUGAAUGAGUACAGACUUACUCGCGAAGCAUUUGAGUGGGUUAUUGGUGAGAUAGAAUCUCGUUUUCUACAGUCACUUGUAGCACCUGGAGAAAUGAUUGGAUGUGUUGCUGCCCAGUCCAUUGGUGAGCCUGCCACUCAAAUGACUCUGAACACCUUCCACUAUGCUGGUGUGAGUGCCAAGAAUGUAACUCUUGGUGUUCCUAGGUUAAGGGAAAUUAUCAACGUGGCAAAAAAAAUAAAAACCCCUUCUCUUUCUGUCUACCUGAAGCCUGAAGUCAGCAAGACAAAAGAGAGGGCUAAGAAUGUCCAGUGUGCUCUGGAAUACACUACCCUGCGCAGUGUAACUCAAGCCACUGAAGUAUGGUAUGAUCCAGACCCGAUGAGCACCAUCAUAGAAGAGGAUGUUGAUUUUGUCAAGUCUUACUAUGAAAUGCCGGAUGAAGAAAUUGCCCCUGAGAAAAUUUCUCCCUGGCUACUUCGUAUAGAAUUAAAUCGUGAGAUGAUGGUUGAUAAGAAGUUGAGCAUGGCUGAUAUUGCUGAGAAGAUCAAUCUUGAGUUUGAUGAUGAUUUAACCUGCAUAUUCAAUGAUGACAAUGCUGAAAAAUUGAUUUUGCGUAUUCGCAUUAUGAAUGAUGAGGCUCCUAAAGGAGAGUUGAAUGAUGAAUCUGCAGAAGAUGAUGUUUUCCUCAAGAAGAUUGAAAGUAACAUGCUGACAGAAAUGGCCCUUCGAGGUAUUCCAGAUAUUAACAAGGUGUUUAUCAAAUCAGGCAAAGUAAAUAAAUUUGAUGAAAAUGAAGGAUUCAAGCCAGAGAAUGAGUGGAUGCUUGAUACUGAAGGUGUCAAUCUUUUAGCUGUUAUAUGUCAUGAGGAUGUUGAUGCUAGGAGAACAACUAGCAAUCACUUGAUUGAAGUAAUUGAAGUUCUUGGAAUUGAAGCAGUUCGUCGGUCCUUGCUGGAUGAAUUGCGUGUGGUCAUAUCUUUUGAUGGAUCAUAUGUGAAUUAUAGGCAUCUGGCUAUAUUGUGUGACACGAUGACAUACCGUGGUCACUUGAUGGCAAUCACUCGUCAUGGCAUUAAUCGAAAUGACACUGGGCCGAUGAUGAGAUGCUCGUUUGAGGAAACGGUGGACAUACUUCUUGAUGCUGCUGUGUAUGCUGAGACAGAUUACCUCCGGGGAGUAACUGAAAAUAUUAUGUUGGGUCAGCUUGCCCCUAUUGGUACAGGAGAUUGUGCACUCUAUCUGAAUGAGCAGAUGCUGCAGCAAGCUAUUGACAUCCAGCUCCCUAGUUACAUGGAAGGUCUUGAAUUUGGCAUGACGCCUUCCCGUUCACCAAUCACGGGUACACCUUACCAUGAUGGCAUGAUGUCACCUAAUUACUUGCUGAGCCCAAAUCUUCGCUUGUCACCCAUUACAGAUGCACAAUUUUCUCCAUAUGUUGGUGGUAUGGGUUUCUCUCCUGCAUCAUCUCCAGGAUAUAGCCCCUCAUCUCCUGGAUACAGUCCCUCAUCUCCUGGAUACAGUCCUACCUCACCUGGUUAUAGCCCAACCUCCCCUGGAUAUAGCCCUACAUCACCUGGUUACAGCCCAACUUCUCCAACAUAUAGUCCAAGCUCUCCAGGGUAUAGUCCCACAAGUCCUACAUAUUCCCCUACAAGUCCAUCUUACUCCCCAACCUCACCAAGUUAUAGUCCAACCUCCCCCAGCUACAGCCCUACUUCACCAAGUUACAGCCCCACAUCUCCAAGUUACAGCCCCACUUCUCCUAGCUACAGUCCCACUUCUCCUGCAUACAGCCCCACUUCUCCUGCAUAUAGCCCCACUUCUCCUGCGUAUAGCCCCAGUUCACCGUCAUAUAGUCCAACAUCUCCAUCCUACAGCCCCACUUCACCUUCUUACAGCCCCACUUCACCGUCCUACAGCCCCACUUCACCGUCCUACAGCCCUACUUCUCCGUCCUACAGCCCCACGUCUCCUGCCUAUAGCCCGACUUCUCCGGGUUACAGUCCUACAUCUCCAAGCUAUAGUCCAACUUCUCCAAGCUACAGCCCUACAUCUCCAAGUUAUAAUCCUUCAUCAGCAAAAUACAGCCCGUCCCUGGCUUAUUCUCCCAGCAGUCCAAGACUGUCGCCUUCCAGUCCAUACAGUCCAACAUCUCCUAAUUACAGCCCAACAUCACCAUCGUAUUCACCAACAUCCCCGUCUUAUUCCCCUUCAAGUCCAACAUACAGUCCCAGCAGCCCUUACAAUUCUGGCGUGAGCCCAGACUACAGCCCGAGUUCACCACAAUAUAGUCCAAGUGCAGGGUAUUCGCCAAGUGCACCCGGGUAUUCGCCAUCAUCUACCAGUCAGUACACUCCACAGAUGAGCAACAAGGAUGACGGGAGUAAGCAGUCAUGAGGCGAGCAUAAUUUGUUCUCCUCACCAACUGCACCUGGGUAUCGACCAUCACGUUAGAACGAAGUCCUUGCUCCACAGAAUAUCAGCUUUUGCUGGCAGGUUGUGAACUUUGUACCCAUUUUGCGGGCAUUUCGUAAUUGAUGCUGGAGUAAUAUUUUGACCCUCAUCAUAUUUUCUUGUAAUUUGAUUGUGUAGCUUCUUAUUAGCGUUGAAUAUACUAUUUCUGACAUUUGGUUAAGCAGUUGCUGUGGGAAACUCUUCAUAUUCAGUGUUAUUUUUAGUUUCAGGGUUUGUGCUAGGCUGUCUUUUGCAGAGCUAAUCACCCAGUGAGGCAACCGAUUAUAACCGAAGAGGACUUGACCGUCGUUACCUCGCACUGAUUGUUUCUAAACAUGAAAGUCUUGUAUGGAGAUUGACCAAAAUUGAACUUUUCUAGUUCUUCUAUUAUAUCGUCUGUGCGCUUUUUACUAAGGUUACAAAUAUCUCCAUUCUAAUAUUAUAGCAAAACCUUUGUUUGUUUAA